AGAUACCAUUCCGGAAGGGACCCAGACGCAGCCUACACCUGCACGGCUGCACCGCAGGGAGGCGCCAUCUGACCCGGCCCCGGCGGCGCUGGCUGCCCCGUCGCCCCCAGACCCACCCAGAGGAAUCACGCAGAUAUUGCCUUCCCCCGUGGCAUGCACCCACCGACCCACAUGCGCGCGCGCGCACCCAUCGGGAAUUCCGGACCCGAUUCGCUUUCCUAUUUCAUUCCACUCCACCCGCUUUUGGGUGUGUGGACGAUGCAUGGGGAGAGAGAGAGGGAGCGGGAGAGUCUCCUCCUCCUCCCCGACCGGAGCGCCGGUGCCAUGGAAGGGGGCGGCGAGCACCACCACCCGCUUAGCGUAUUCCUCCGGGACGCGAGGCUCGCAUUCAGAUGGGACGAGCUCGGUCAGGAGAUCAUGAGGAUCGCGGUGCCCGGCGCGCUCGCGCUCAUGGCUGACCCAGUCGCCUCCCUCGUCGACACCGCCUUCAUUGGCCACAUAGGUCCAGUUGAACUUGGAGCUGUAGGUGUAUCAAUUGCCGUGUUUAAUCAGGUCUCAAGAAUUGCAGUGUUCCCACUUGUUAGCGUCACAACAUCAUUUGUUGCUGAGGAGGAUGCUAUGUCCAAUGGCAGAGACAAUGACAAAAUACAUCAACAAAACGAACGCAAUGUUUCGGUCAGUGAAAUGGAUGAACUGAUUCCUCCUGAAGGGGCUAGUGCCAGUACCAGCAUAUCGUCUUUUGAAACUGAUUCAUGUGAGGUCAGUGUUGAGCAGAAGAGGAAAAAUAUUCCAUCAGUCUCUACAGCACUACUACUUGGUGGGGUGCUUGGCCUACUUGAAACCCUACUGCUUGUUCUCUCUGCAAAACCUAUCUUAGGCUACAUGGGUGUAAAACCGGACUCUGCGAUGAUGAAGCCCGCAUUGCAGUACUUAGUUCUCAGAUCUCUUGGUGCUCCUGCUGUUCUGUUAUCUCUGGCAAUACAAGGAGUCUUUCGCGGAUUUAAGGAUACAAAGACGCCUCUAUACGCAACUGUGGCUGGAGAUGCGAUCAAUAUAGUUUUGGAUCCAAUAUUUAUGUUUGUGUUCCAAUAUGGUGUUAGUGGUGCCGCCAUCGCUCAUGUUAUAUCACAAUAUUUCAUUGCAUCCAUACUCUUAUGGAGAUUAAGGUUGCAUGUUGAUUUGUUGCCACCUAGCUUCAAACAUCUGCAGUUUGGCCGAUUUCUUAAAAAUGGUUUUCUGCUACUUGCACGAGUUAUUGCCGCAACUUGUUGUGUGACACUAUCCGCUUCAAUGGCCGCACGGCUAGGUUCAACUCCAAUGGCUGCAUUCCAGAUCUGCUUGCAAACCUGGUUGGCUUGCUCACUUCUUGCCGAUGGAUUGGCUUUUGCUGGACAAGCCAUACUUGCAAGUGCAUUUGCUCGUAAGGACUAUCCGAAGGCCACCGCCACAGCUUCUCGUAUCUUGCAGCUGGCCUUGGUCUUGGGACUUCUCCUAAGCAUACUUCUUGGUGUUGGUCUGCGCAUAGGGUCCAGAUUAUUUACAUCCGAUCAGGGUGUACUGCAUCAUAUCUACAUAGGAAUACCGUUUGUCUGCCUUACUCAACCAAUCAACGCUCUGGCUUUUGUUUUUGAUGGUAUCAAUUACGGAGCAUCAGAUUUCGGAUAUGCUGCCUACUCAAUGGUCCUUGUUGCCGUUGUCAGUAUCAUUUGCAUCCUCACUCUUGAAAGUUAUGGCGGGUUUAUUGGAAUCUGGAUAGCUCUGGUGAUCUACAUGAGCCUCCGGAUGUUUGCUGGAUUUUGGAGGAUAGGGACGGCACAAGGGCCCUGGGCUUAUCUUCGCGGCUGAACAUAGAGGCAGAGCUAGUAACCUGACUCACCAGCACGACGAGC